UUGAAAUUGGGCACCUUUAGUUUAUUUUCAGUCACUGCUGUUUGAGCUCUAAUAUCGACGCGCACUAAUUUAUGAUCGCAAGAACCGAGGUGUUCUGCUUCCGUAACAUUACUGACUAGGUUAUCCUGGGUCGCUAUAACAAGGUCUAGUAUAUUAUUUUGUCGAGUUGGUUCAGCAACCAUUUGACUUAGGUAAUUAUCGAAAAAUUCGAUCAUUCCAUGUGACUCGCCUUCUGUACCCGACAGUGUCGCCCAGUCAAUAUGAGGGAGAUUAAAGUCUCCUAAUAGUCGCUGUUAUUAAUUAAGUGACGGCCUUAAAACGCUGUACAUUCCUACAUCAUCUUCGAGUGAUUGCCCCGGAGGCCUGUAGGUGACAUAUAUUUAGAUUAAUUUUUGCAAUGUUUACUCGCACGCAAAAAUGUUCAACGUUACUGUCUUGGUGUUCUGUCAGAGGGGUUGCAAAUACCUUUUGACGUAAAGGGCGACACCACAACCUGUACGGAGGACCCAGGGAAGCUGUGAGGACCAUGUUGAGCUGUCGCAUCGUGACAUUAGGGCCGCCUUGAGGGUCCUGUGAAAUCGUUCCACCAUGCCGUUAGCUUCAGGGUUGUAGGCUGUAGUGUGGUGGACUGCUGUACCCAACAGCUAUCCCAAGGACGUCCAUAACUGCGACGUGAAGGCGGUGCCGCGGUCGGAUGUGAUAUGAUCUGGAACGCCAAAUCUGGCGAUCCAUCCGGAGAGCAGGGCCGCGGUGCAGGAGGCUGAAGUGGCGUCGGGCAUUGGUACGGCUUCAGGCCAUCUGGUAGAGCGGUCCACGAUGGUGAAAAGAUAACGGUGUCCUGCUGACUGAGGAAGGGGACCCACGACGUCCACGUGGAUGUGGGCAAACUGUCUCUGAGGUUGGUGAAAGGAUCCAGGGCCCUUUUCGGUGUGUCGGUGGACUUUGGAUUUCUGGCAGGAAGAGCAGGACCGAACCCAGUUCCCCGGGUCGCGGGAGAUGCCGUGCCACACGAACUUUUGUGUUAGCAGUCGUGUUGUCGCUCGUCGUGAAGGAUGUGACAGGUCGUGGACGAGGUCGAAAACGUGACGGCGAAGGGAUGCUGGUAUCCAUGGGCGUGGUUGCCCGGUGGUGGCGGAAUCACCCAGGGGAACGCCCUUCCACUUAAGGGCUGUGUACCAGAGACGAGAGGCUGAAAUGUUAACACCCCGUUAUUGAUUACCACGCAAAAGCAGGUUCUGGUUUUCGUGAGUCUGUCUCUCUACUCUUUCAUAGCACGACUGUAUGUGAUGAACCGAGCGUAUGAAUUUCAUGCAAUUCAGUCUGAGUUGAUGAAGUUAGGUUAGUUUUGAUAGAACGCAGUAACGAAAACGGUUUCAGUUUGGACGUUUUUCGCAGGCAAGUCGUCAUGGAGCUCAGCCAAAGCAGAAGGUUUACUCGGCUGACGUGCCUGUUCGUCGCUUACUUGUUGGCGCUCACCGUCGUGCUCACGCUCAGACUGCUGGACGUAAUGGCGGUGGGGGACUUGCGGUGCAGGCGCCUCGUCGUGGAUGACAAGGGCAUAGUGGCCAAGCAGCAAGGCGUGGGUGCUGGAAACAUUUCCUACAGCAGAGGAUAUGGUGAUGGUAAUAAGGGUGGUGGUGGCGGCGACGGGUUCCGUGACGAGUACUUCAGCCCCGUGUUGGCGGCAUACCACCGCGAGGCACAAAAGACACGUGCUGCUACACACCUGCCCAGGUUCAGAAAUGGCAGUGUUCCUAAAGUGGUGAUGUAUAUAAACAAGAGAUUACUUGCUUUUGGUUGGCUUCCUUGGUACGUGAAUCACAUGAAGGACAUACAUGAUGGCCGCUGCGCCUUGCCGUGUGUUGUCACCAUAAACCUCAACCAAGUACAAACAGCAGAUGCUGUGCUGAUACACUUGCGAAGUGUGGAGAGCCCCAGCUCUCUGGCAUCCGAACUCGGCCCUCGUGACCCCUCACAGCCCUGGAUAAUGUUUGAGCCAGAGACACAUUUGUUGGGCAAUGUUGUCUUUUACAAUAACUAUCGUAGCCUCAAUGGUGUCUUCAACCGCACCAUGCACUAUCGUCGUGACUCUGACGUCAGAAUGCUGCAUGGGUUCGUGGUGCGUCGUGGGCGAGAGGCCAGCGUGCUUCCACCUGUGUGGCGCAGGCCGCCUCACGUGCAGCAGGACCCAAGUGUUGACCGGAAGCUGGCGGUUGCCUUCAUCUCUAACUGCAAUGAUGCUAGUGGGAGGCUGGACUAUGUGACAAAGUUGCGACGACAUGCACCUGUUGACGUGUAUGGUCGAUGUGGGGACUUAAAGUGUGGGGGAUCUUUGUACACGCUUGAAGAUUACAGGGCUGACCAGGAGCCAUGUUUACAGUUUGCUGGACUGACCUACCUUUUCUAUCUAGCUUUUGAAAAUGCUCUGUGUGCAGAUUAUGUGACUGAGAAGCUGUACAACUUGCUAUACUACCCAAUAGUGCCAGUGGUUCUCGGGGCUGCAGAAUACCCCCUCCUGAUGCCCCCACACUCCUACAUCAACGCACGGGACUACAGCCCUGCUCAGUUGGCUCAAAAGCUGCUUCACCUGGCCCACCACCCAAAGGAAUACCAGGAAUACCUGUCGUGGCGGCAGUACUACCUUCCCUCAACCAUUGGGGGGAACCGUUUGUUGUGUGACCUGUGUGUGCGCCUCCAUGAUGACGACUUUUACCAACACCAUGUUGUGGAAGACUUUUAUGACUGGUAUGUCACAAAGGGCAAGUGUAACAUUAUAGGUAAAAGAAAGUUUUGACAUGUUUUGAAGGCAAGUGAUUUUUAGAUUAAUUCAAGAGUAUUAUCUUAAAACGUAAUACUUCAGUAGGCUCAAUUUUUAUGGAAACAGGGAUGUGAACAACCAAAAUUGAGAUUUGUGAAUGUGUGGUGUCAGCAUUUGUAGUGUCAAUCCUUGUAUAUGUUUCAAUGAUGCUGGCACAGUCCACUCUACAGAGAUGCUCUAAAUACCCUGCCAACAAAUGCUAUUGUAAUACAGGUUUUGAAAUCCCCAGGUGCAAGAAACUGGUUCAUUAUGAUAUAAUAUAGAUAAAAUUGUAAAUAAUGUUUAGAUAGUAGUAAACAUUAGAAUGCAUAAUUUCAACCAUCAAUACUGUGGGAAUGUCAUAAAAUAGUAGGAUAUGCUGGAGUAAACAUAAUUGUUUCUAGAACAUCAUUUGUAAUAGCAUUUUGUUCUAUCAUACAUUGAGACACACGUACGGUACUUGACUGCUUAAAAGACGCAUGAGCUUAUAAAUAGAUGUGCUUCAUUUUGGGCAGACAUUUAAAAACAUAAAUAAAUAAACGGGUUUAACCCUUAUACCCCGUGAUAAAAUGAG